AUGAGCUCAGCGUUGAGUUUAGAAACUUGUUACCCACUUCUCAUUACUGCCUCAUUGGAAACCUUGCUUAGGCCGGGUUAUCACCAAGGUUAUGAUGUGUAUCUAACGUCUAAUGUAAUUUUUAAAUGUAUUAGGUCUGAAGUCAAAGUUAUGUGGGGUUAUAUAGAAUAUUUAAAAGAUCCUCACCUAGUUCUUUAUGUACAACAGUUUUUUGGUGUUUCUUUUAAAGAAGAAAAAAAAAAUCAUUUAAAAAAGAAUGAUAAGUUACUGUUUAAAGAAACAGAAGUGUUAAGUGAUGAUUCUGACAAUCAUAAGUUCUCAAACAAUCAUUACUAUGAUAAAAGCAACAGCGAAGAGUUGAGUUCCGAUUCAGACUCGGAGAAAAAGAACUAUAAAAUAAAUAAUUUCUUUUGGUAUUACGUUUUUGUAUUAGGCACUGAAUUAGGUGAUGAAAUAUUCUAUGCUACAUUUAUACCAUUCUGGUUUUGGAACAUUGACGGUGCGGUUGGACGAAGAAUUGUCAUGGUUUGGACAAUUGUUAUGUACAUCGGUCAAGGAUUGAAAGACAUAAUUUGCUGGCCGAGACCAUCUAGCCCCCCUGUGUUUAGGUUACAAAAAAAGUGGAUUAUGGAAUAUGGGAUGCCUUCAACCCAUGCAAUGGUUGCGAUCUCAAUACCAUUUUCAGUUCUUCUAUAUACUAUGCAAAGAUAUGAGUAUCCAUUUUUGAUCGGAUUGUGCGUUGCUGUUUUAUGGUGCUGGGUAGUAUCAGUUAGCAGAUUAUACCUUGGAAUGCAUACAGUAGCGGACGUUAUUGCGGGAAUCAUACUCGCACUAGUUCUCUUGAUUCCGCUUGUGCCUUUAGUCGAUUUCAUGGACAUGUUCCUCUUAACAAGUAGAUGGUCACCGAUCAUUCUUCUUACGAUAAGCAUAUGCGUAAUCGUUUUCCAUCCCAAAGACAAGAUUUGGACACCGACUAGAGGUGAUACGGCUAUGAUUGUGAGUGUCUGCGUCGGUAUCCAUAUCGGAGCUUGGACCAAUUAUCAGCUUGGCCAAAUGUCGGAGUCGCCUUUGUCACCUCCAUACACAAUUAUAUGGCCUAAUUAUGAAAUGUUAGGUCUGGUAUUCUUGCGGUCUGCUCUUGGUUUCUCUUGUAUCUUGGCCACUCGAGCUAUAUGUAAAUCGGCAUGUUACGCCACGCUGAGCACUCUGGGCGUUUCCACAGAACCCAUCGAGACUCCAUCUUCUCUUAAGAAUACGAUAGAUCUAAUAUUUAAGUAUAUCACAUAUUCGUUAAUAGGAUUCAAUACACUUCACCUCUUGCCUAGCACAUUCAAAAUGCUUUCUAUCGAUCGGCCGACAUUUUAUACUGAAAUUUAAUAACAAUUUUCAUAGUUAGUAGAUUUUGAAUUACAAGCAUUCGAUUAUAUUUCUGCAGUAAAUAUAAAACAAACUUUAUGGGUGGUAAAAAAACCGUCCUUUUAUAGUUUCUAUAAAUGGUUAAUGUAAAAUCUUAGCCAUUCCAUUUUAUUAUUUAUUAAAUAUUUACAUAGUUAAAUUAAUUUAAAAUAAAUCAGUUCAAAUUUCCUUAAUAAGGAAACAAGUAUUUAUAAUUUUGAAUAUUUAAUAGUUAACCGUUGCAUUAUAAAGGAAGGAGAUGGUCCGGGGUUGCGGUCAUAAAAAG